CACGAUGUCGUUUGUUUACAGUUGCUAUGGUUACACUUCCACAACAGAAUAAUAAAUAGUGAUAGCUACAUUUAGCUACAAAGCAAGCUAGCUAGGUAGCUACCUCAAUUAUCUUGGUUUCACAAGAUAAAUUAGCGAUUUCAAACUACUAACUAGUCUGCAUUGUAAUGAAAAUAUAGUGACUGCAUUGGACGCUUCUGUUGAACAAAAAUCUAUUGGAAAAUGUUUACUGUAUAACUGGGUAGAGGAGGUGACUUUUUUCUUGGCAAAAGUUGUCUCAAUAUGAAAGCUGGUAGUGGUGUGCGUGUGUAUGUGUGAGAGAGAGCAAGAGAGAGUGAUGUAAGUUAGAGGUAGGCCUACAUGUGUAGCUAAGUUCAGGUGUAAUGUAUGCACUCACUAACUGUAAGUCGCUCUGGAUAAGAGCGUCUGCUAAAUGACUAAAAUGUAAAUGUAUAUGAGGCCUCGCAUGUUCUCCCUCCUGUUUUCUCAGUUAGAUAUGAGUGCCAUCAUUAAUAGGUCAUUAGUACAAGUCGCUCCUUUAACUAUUUACAAAUCAUUGAAAGCAACAACAUGUUGUCACACAAGGCACAGCUUUUUAUUAAUCUUUGGAAUUACAUUCAUUCAGCAGGCCACUGCAGUCCUUGACAAUGCGAGGCCCAGAGUGCACAUCCACAAAAAGGGACAUAAGGGGAUUCUCACUAUGGAUCUGUCAUCCAAAGGUCAAGGUGUCACCACAGUGAAUGCUGCUUUCACCCCUCCCAAGGGUCAUGGGGUGAGACAGAGGGGUAGGUACAGCAUAAGAACAUUGAACACCAAGAAACAUCCUACAUCCAGCCUCACCUUGAAUAGAUUUUUCCUGGAAUGAGUUUGAGAUUCAGUGGAUGCCACACAACGUUCAAACACACUGUGACCUUACUACUGUGCAAACUGUUCAGAAGCAUACUGUUGUGCUGUCUCACUGGCUGACUUGAUAAAAAUUCACUCAAACCUUUUAGAGUUCGGUGUGUUUUGCUCAUCUUUUAUUUGUUUUAUUUGUUCAGGCCUCAGGGGAGAACUUUUGGGAAAUGAUCUGCUCCAGAAAAUAAGGUAGGCCUAAUUUACCUACUUUUCAUUUCAUAACAGUUAUCAUAAUGUUAACACGUUCAAGCUUUCAAUAAUUUUUUUAGGAUGUGACUUGCUCGAGACGUGACACAACACUGUUCAAUCCAUGUCUUGAGCGGAAUUGGUAGGAGGAAAGUGAUGUAAUUUACAAGUCUUGGUUAGUUUUACAGUUCUAUGAAAACGUUCUGCUUUUUGAUUAGACUUUAUUAUCUGAUUUAACAUUUAUUUGCAUUGUAAUGUGGUUAAUAGAAUGUAUCCCCAACAAUGUGGUUAACAUCCCGAACAAGUGCUUUGAACAAAGGGAGGUAAGACGGUUAAAACUGGUUGUUGGAGGGGAGAGUCUCAACUCAUAGUCACUGACCUGUGCCAAACAAAACCACACAGUCACAAAACUGAACUAGACUUUUAAUGAACGCUCAAAGUUGAAUUCAAAGAACAUUAACAAGUCUCUAACUAGUUUAUUAUGACAAAAAAUAACAUCAAUUUGAAUAAGUAGCAUUAGUCAUAGAACCUUUAAUAGAUUCCAGACAGAAUAAUGAAUUACUGUUGUUUUCCGUGGCAAUAGGCCGCUGUAGGGAAACAGUAAGAGUAAAUGUCAACAUAUCAACACUUCUUGGAAGCUGCUCAAGGUGUGAAUUAAAUCUGGAUCUGUGGACACCAGUUAUGAAGAGAUAAGACAGGGAGUUUACACCACAAAUAAGUAUGUUAUGACAACCUGUAUGAAUAAUGUAGAAUAACAGUGUAACAAUGUUGUUAUUUUUGAUGCACAUGGUAAUGAAUGUAUUAUUAUGCAUAUUCAUGCCCUAAUCAUGUAAGCCUAAGCAUAACUAACCUUUAUCACUACAUAGACCUUACACACAGCAAUGCAGCUACUGAUUGAUUUAAAAAUAGUAAUCUAAAGUUGUUCAGCAAUGUGAAAAUGUGGAAAAACAAUGUCAGAGCAGCAGAGACAGAUAAGGAUAUUGCUGUAGGUUCUCAUGCUGAUAUGGCCCUCCUCCUCCUCCUCUAUCUCACAGUGAGCAGACGCAUGCAGAAUUUAACCCUGAGCCUCACAAAACAGAGUUCUGCUCCUCUACCAAAGAGGACUACAAAGUUGAAGGCUUUCAGCCUUCCCUGCCUUCAUCACUAAAGGUCUUCUAAAUAAUUUAUAUUCUAUGAACAUGAUUACAACAUACCAUUCUUUGUGAGACACCUUGUUUUGUGACUAGCCACCUUUAUAAUUUUCCUUUCUCUUGCACAUAUAAAACUGACAUCAGCAUUAUUCAACUCAUACUUCAACAGAAUGUUCAUUUCUAAUGCAUUCUUGGUUUGCUGUGAUUAGGAGCAUGACUACAAAAGCGAUCAGGCAAUUACCUUUUGGAGUGAGAAUCAUCAUCAGAUACAGGUUGGUCCGAUUAUUGCAUUACACCUCCAUUUACAUAACCCUCUCUACAUUAUCAUAAAUGGAGAGAGCACCAUGUUUUCACUAUUACUGGAUGGCUGCUUAACAUUAUAGUCAACACUAGACAAAAUGCCUUUGUUACAUUAAAUCAUCUUUAUUAUUUUCAAUUAUUAAGUCAGCUUUUGUGAGAUGUGCCAUUUACUCUGCUAUAGUAAAGUGACUUUGGCGUUAGUGGUCUGUCUGUAUUUGUGAAGCAUUUGUUGCUUGGCUAUUCUUCUUACAAAAUAGAAUACAAUACAUUGCUAGAAGAGACCCCCCACAUACCCAGACCUCAGUAAAACAUUACAUGAGCGUGUGAAGAAAGCAAUCAUUUUCAAAAGCAUUUUAUUUACCCUAUCAAGGACCAUAGCCUUAUAUUCUUAAGUAUUCUUAGGUUUGUACUCUUUGGGACCCACUCCUACCACUGUAUUUAAUCUCUGCUGCACAAUCUGUCUUUUAUUCUCGCAAUAAAACCAUCUUAUUAUUAUUGGACACCUGGCCCUUGAGUUUUAGUAUUUGAUGGCUGUUGAUAUGUAAGAUAUGAACCAAUGAAAAGGAUUUAGCAUAUGUUUGUAAUUUUUGUGUCAUAUUUGAUGACUAUUUACAAGCCUCCAUUUUGAAUGUGGUCUCAAGAAGGCCUUAAUAAUAAUAAUAAUAAUAUGUCAUUUAGCAGACGCUUUUAUCCAAAGCGACUUACAGUCAUCAAUAAGACAUCUUAUUAGAUUCUGCCAUUAGACUUUAAAGAGCACAGCUCGUACAGGGUACUGUCGAAUUCUGAAUGAGAUGCUGCAUCUCAUCCACUUUUUAACUCAGUUCAGUUAAUUUAAGCCUUAAACCAGCAGCAGAUACUGUAAUAAUAGCAUACCUGGCAUACAUUUCACUGUAGUCUGAUAAUACUCUAGUCUACACGAAAACAUUUUUAAACAACAGCAAGAAAACAUGAUGUCCUGUACCAUGUUUCUGCCGUGUCUCAGGGUGUGACAGCGGUGAGAACCACGGAUACCCCAUUCAAGAAGAACGCCACCUUCAGCACACCUAUCAGUGAACCCAUGGAUGACAAGCCUAUUCUGUACACACCUGAGAAUUAAGCUGUUACUCAUGUGAGCAUUGGACACAUCGUGCAUUUUAUGAACAGUGGUAUUAAAUGAUUUUCCAUAACAUGAAUAUUGCUCUGUUUAUUAUUUAAAUUAGGUCUAGUCUCUGCAC